AUGCCAGCGAGAGUACCUAACGAGAUCAGUCAAAAGAUAGCUGAAGAGCUUGACUCAGCUAGUCUCGUUUCCGCAAUUCAAGCAGGGCUCCCUGUCAAUGAAUCCACCUUCCGUCGUGCCCAACACGCUUUCGUCUGGAGAACUGUCCUUCGAAACGAUUUUGCAACAAUCGAAAGACUUUUGAAAACUUCUGGUAACAUGUUUUUAAUGGGAUCAGGCGUAGAACAUCUCUACAACGGAAUUUUUGAAAUUCCAAAGCCCGCCCCAGAUCCGCUUCCUAUUAUAGUGGCUUGGACCGCUGAGACAAUGAUUGAUUGA